CCAACACCACCGACACCGCUGGCUGGCCGAUAAAUGUGCAUGGAUGCGCGUACGCGCGCGGCUUCACGUAUGUGCGCGCGUGCGCGUGCCGACACGCACUCACCUCGACGCGCACUUUGCGCCCUCUCGCUUUUUCCUUAUCGCUUUUUGUCCACGCGUUGCUUUGUGCUAGAAAAAAAAAACAAACACUUUUCGCGUCCGUGCACACGCGCGAGUCCCACGGGACUUUAGUGCGCGCGCGUCGCCUUCGCUAACUUUGAGCAAGUUGCGCGAGCACGCGGCGACCGAACCGGAACCGACCGAGCGGCUCAAGUUGCAUGCGCUGCGAAAGUUGCGCGCACGUUUGCGCCAAUCAGCCUUUUGUUGCGGUGGCAGGCAGGCAGGGCGCGCGCACAUACACGCGCGCCGUCAUCCGAUUGUUCCGGACGAAAAAAGAAGUGUGCGCGCGUGCGUGCGGAACGUCCAAUUAUUUGUUGUUUGAUUGGCAGAUGAGAUCCGUGACGGCUCUCCUCUUCCUUCUUCUUCCUGCUUCCCUGCCCUGGAACAUUUGGGGAACAAAAUGGAGCCGCUAGACGCUCACAUGACUGGUGCUCAUUUUGUCAAAAUGUUUUCACGUCCUGUCGCGUAUUCAGCACCGAGUUUCUCCGGAGAGGAACGCUCACGUGAGCUCUGACUACCUUUUCCCGAUUCACUCUUUUUUUUUUUUUUUUGUCUUUUGGAUGUGUUUGAGUGUAUUGAGGCAAGCUGGGGUCUUGACAAAGCCGUCAAUGAUGUCUUUCUAUUUGUUAAGACGGCCUCUAUGCGUUGCCUUUGUCCCGGCUGGUCGGCGGUCUGUCCAGGUGGUUCCUUGUUCCUUGAGUCCACUCGACAGUGGCCAAUCAAAGAGACGGCUCUAGAAAAAAAGUCCCAGCAGAAAAAUGAAGGUCCGCCCCAUAGCUUUCCCUCUUGGGAGAGUCUCAGCACCUAACUUUUGCUGACCUUGAGUGAUAAGGUCACGGGGUCAAUGCCAGAUGCUCCUUGUCACGGCUGGUCGGCGGGCAAUCCAGGUGCUUCCUUGUGGUUGAGUCCACUUGACAGUGGCCAAUCAAAAAGAUGCAGCAGCAAAAUGAAGGUCCGCCUCACAGCUUUCCUUCUUGGGAAAGUAUAAGCACCUAACUUUACCUGACCUUGAGUGAAAAUGUCACAGGGUCAAUGCCAGAUGCUUUUUGUCAUGGCUGGCCAGCGGGUCUGUCCAUGUGAUUCCUGGAGUCCACUCGACAAAGGCUAAUCAAAAAGGCGCCUCUAGAAAAAGUCCCAGCAGCAAAAUGAAGGUCCGCCCCAAAAACCUUUCCCUCUUGGGAAAGUCUGAUCACCUAUACUUUUGCUGACCUUGAGUGAUAAUGUCAAGGGGUCAGUGCCAGAUGCUGUUUGUCACGGCUGGCCGGCAGUUUGUCCAUGUGGUUCCUUGAGUCCACUCAACAGUGGCCAAUCAAAAAGUCGCCACCAGAGAAAAGUCCCAGCAGCAAAAUUAAGGUCAUCUCAAAGCACCUAACUUUUGCUAAACUUGAGUGAUAAGGUCACGGGGUCAAUGCAAGAGACUGUUUGUCAUGGCUGGCCAGUGGUCUCAACUUGUGGUUCCUUGUGCCUUGAGUUCACUCAACAGUGGCCGAACAAAAAGACACCUCCAGAAAAACGUCCCACUGAAGGUCCACCUUAUAGCAUCUAUCGUUUGCUAACCUUGAGUGAUAAGGUCACGGGGUAAAUGCCAAAUGCUCCUUGACACUGCUGGCCGGCGGUCUGUCCCGGUGGUUUCUUGAGUCCACUCGACAGUGGCCAAAAAUACGCCUCCAGAGAAAAGUCACAGCAGCAAAAUGAGUGUCUGCCUCACAGCACCUAACUUUUGAGAACCUUGAGUGAUAUGGUCACGGGGUCAAUGCCAGAUGCUUUUUGUCACAGCUGGUCGGCAGUCUUUCCAUGUGGUUCCUUGAGUCACUCGACAGUGGCCAAUCAAAAAAACGGCACCAGAAAAAAGUCACCGCAGCAGAUUAAGGUCAAACCAUAGCUUUGCUUCUUGGGAAAGUCUUAGCACUUUUGCCGAGCUUGAGUGAAAAGGUCACGGGGUCAAUGCCAAAUGCUCCUUGUCUCUGCUGCUCGGCGAUCUGUCCUGGUGGUUCCUUGUUCCUUGAGUCCACUUGACAGUGACCAAUCAAAAAGAUGCCUCUAGAAAAAAGUCCCAUGCAGCAGCACAAUGAAGGUCCACCCAAUAGCUUUCUCUCUUGGGAAAGACUAAGCACCGACUGGCCGGCGGUCUGUCCAGGUGGUUUCUUGUUCCUUGAGUCCACUCAACAGUUGCCAAUCAAAAAGACUCCACCGGAAAAAGUUCCAGCAGUAAAAUGAAGGUCCGCGUCAUAGCACCUAACUUUUGCUACCCUUGAGUUAUAAGGUCACGGGGUCAAUGCCAGAUCCUCCUUGUCACGGCUGGUUGGCGAUCUGUCCUGGUGGUUCCUUGUGUCCACUUGAGUGGCCAGUCACAAAGACGCCUCCAGAAAAAGUCACUGCAGCAAAAUAAAAGUCCGCCAAAUAGCUUUGCCUCUAAGGAAAGUCUUACCACUUUUGCUGACCUUGAGUGAUAAGGUCACCAGAUAAGGUCACAUGUUCUCUUGUCUUCCUUUUCAAAACUGAAUUCAACAUCACGCUUCCCAACCAAGGUUGUACCGCGGGAAAGUUUUACUUUCCAAAGACGGCCCACAAAACGUGUCCAACACACAUUGAGGACUUUUGCUGACCACCUUCACAGAGCCUUUGGUGGGCUUCCGUUGGGCACAAGGAAAGAAUUCCUGCUUUGGCAUGUCAGAAGAGGCUGUAGAGCACAGACAUGCGCUAACCUGCACUGUAGGAUCAACUCCAGAUACUUAUACAAUGACAACAAAUCGACACCCCCACGCGGAUAUUCAGGCGGCAGCUUUACAAAGUGUGACUCAGCACAAAUAUUUGUGCAUUGAAUGAAGCUGCCUUUUUGAGCCCUUAGUCAUCACGAGUCAAAUCUUCAUUUGAGGUCGACGCAAACGUGCCUCAUGGGCCCAAUUCUUGCCCGCCGUUGGCCUCGUUAGGUGGCACCCCGCUGAUCCUACCUGGACAAUGGGGAUUGAGGGAGGAGUUGCACCCCUACCGGCCGAGACCCUGGACAAUGGCCUAACGCCGCAUACCCGCCUGUCAAAGCAGAGGAUGGAUUCCCCAUCAGAAUUGGUGUUGCCCUGUACCCCUGAGCCGCCGCCCCACCCCAAAAGUCCUGAAUCUUCCCACAAUGGUCCCAAUGUGGGGCCGUGCCCCCGUCUUAUAGCGUCACCCCCUGCUGAGGAGGACCCCAAGGGUCAGGGAGAUGACCAACAGAACGGUGAAGCUCUUCCAUCCCCUACCCCAGCUGUGGCUCUUUUCCCUGGAGCACAACCGGGACACGGUCCGAGUUUGGACUCUUCCAUGACGCCCUCGGCACCCCCUCUCGGCAUUGGAGCGCUGGAGUUCGCCCUGUCUUCCGGAGCUGGCGAAAGCUGCGAUGACGAGCUGGACCUUCAGCUUUUCCAGAGGGACGCUUUCGGCAGGGCGGCACCUGGAGGUGGAGGGACGGCGUCGGGGCCGUCGCUCCGGUUCUCCUGUCAUGUCUGCGGGAAGAGAUUCCGAUUCCAAAGUAUUUUGUCCCUUCACGCCAGAGCCCACAGUUUGGACCGACAUCGCCAAGCCUCGUCGCACUGUCGGACUUCCGUCCCUUCGGCGCCUCUCAAACAGAAUCUCAGAGUCCAACAAAACAAAAAAGAGCAGAGGGAGAUACAAAGAAACUAUUCAGUGAGCGGAAAUAUUGCAAACACUUUUCAAGAGGGAGAAGAGGCAGAUGAGGAAGAAGAGGAUGAACUCAAAGGUACAGAAUUGGAAAAGAACCACACAAGAUUGAGUCCCGUGCUAAAUGAAGAUCUCGCUCUUUGGACGGCAUCCCCUCCUGCGCCGCCCACUUUCCGAUGCCACGCCUGCAAAGGGAAAUUUCGCACGGCUUCCGAGUUGGCGCGCCACGUGCGAAUCCUCCACAAUCCGUACAAAUGCACACUUUGUCCUUUCUCUGCCAACCAGGAAGGAUCCUUGGCAUCCCAUCUGCAGGAGUGCCACCCCUCUCCGCAAGGUCCCGCUUUAGCUUCAGCCUUCUCCGAUUCCAGGUCGGUCAGCAACCCCUUGGAGGCCGCCCAAACCUCACCCGCCACUAAAGCGUCGGGAUCGUCCUCAUUGCCGGCAUUCCGCUGCGAUACGUGUGGACAGAGGUUUACUCAGUCGUGGUUCCUCAAGGGACACAUGCGCAAGCACAAGGACUCUUUGGACCACAAGUGCCAGGUGUGCGGGCGUGGCUUCAAGGAGCCAUGGUUCCUCAAAAACCACAUGAAAGUACACCUCAACAAGCUUGGUCUCAAAGCUGGUUUAGGAAGCGCCGACACUGAUUUGCAGGCCAAAGUCUCUGCAGGUCACCUGUCCCUAAAUGCCCUCUACUCCAGCCUUCUUGUUGCUCAGCAAAGCCCUGGCAGAGCAGUGCAAAAGAGACCAGAGAAAGAAACCUCAAGCAGAAUACGGACAUCUUCUAGUAAGUCGGCCAUCCUGGGCUACUUAAGCCUUCCUGGCGACAGCGGUGGGGCUAGUUGCACGAAAAGACUCCAAGCCGUGGCCCAGGUGGCCGAGAGGGGAAAUGGCGGUGGCCCUGUGAGCGCCGAAGGUGGGGAGGCUGGAAGAGAGAGGUCAGAGCAAAGAUGCACCGUGGAAGGACGGGAGCAAGCCCCCUGGUGGCAGCUGGUGGCGCGUAGCCUUGCUGCGGCUCAGCAGGAGCAGCAGCAACAACAGAGAGAACGAGACAGGGCUCGCCAUACCAGUGUCACCCAGACUCUGGGAACAGAAGCGGACCCGGUCAGAACCUAUUCUGACCUUGCGGAUCCUAGAGGAGCUUCUCGUGCAGCCGAUGGGUCGUGGGAGUGCCCCGACUGUGGAAAGCUCUUCCACAGCCUCCAGCAGGUGCUUGUUCACGCUCGUGUUCAUGCUCACAAGACUCAAAAGGAAGGCGCUGCAGGUGAGACGGACGGAAUGUGCAACCCUAGCCAAGCCGGAGGUGAACUGAGGCAGGAGUCCAAAGUGCCGCAAGCUGCGGUGACCAGCUUUCCCCCUGUUCUGUCAAGCUUCAAAGGAGAGAAUGGGACCAUGGCAGCACUGUCCGCUGCGGCUUCACUUCCCAGCAGUCGAGAGCGCGUCCGCGGUCGCGGGAUUAAGGAUUGUCCCUACUGCGGUAAAGCCUUCCGCUCAUCCCAUCACCUCAAAGUGCACUUGAGAGUCCACACAGGUGAGAGACCCUACAAGUGCCCCCAUUGUGACUACGCCGGCACACAGUCGGGCUCGCUCAAAUACCACCUUCAGCGGCACCACAGGGAACAACGCAACAUGCCUGGCUCCGCCGCGUCUGCGGGUGGACUUGCCGCCGCCAUCAACGGUCUGACCUCUGCUAAGCAGCGCCGAUCACAAAGCGAUCCUAAAGCCCGUCCAGAUGGUGCCGCGUCCGGUGCGAGCCAGCGAACUUGGCUUCUCGGGCUUCCGCAGCAGCAGGAGCAUCGGGACGGUCAAGGAGCCCUUACCUCUUUAAGGGAUGAUACAGAGACACAUUACCCCUAUCUGUCGGGUGUGGUGGGGGCCUUCUACCCCGGUGGUAUGGAAGGAGCGUGGACUAGGGAGUCUCCGCCUCCAAAAGUCCUCAAGGUUUCCCGCCGGAAGCCACUCACCACCAACCGGAUGGUGGUGGCCGGCGACAAAACAGCGUCAGCCACCCCUGGUCCAACAGGCACCUUUGAACCGCUCGAUUUGUCCCGCCGUCCCACGACAUUCCUUGGAGGGUCAGAGGAAGAAGGAGAAGAAGGAGGGGACGUCAAACUGAAGAAGUGUUUGGACUGUCCGUUUCGGACAUCCUCAGCCGAGCUCAUGACCAUGCAUCUCCAGGUCAACCACGGCGCUAAAACCCGACGCAAAAUGAGCUCUUUGAGUGCUGACGAGAACGAGGACGGGGCUCUGAGGGAUGCCGGAUCUUGCCGCCGGUCCGACUUCCUUGGGAUUUGGGGGCAGGCAGACAAUUCCCAAGCGGGGGAGGCGGAAAGCUCCUUAUACCAGACGUGGACCCCCAACGGAGUCCUUCCGGAGUACCGUGGUGACACGCCGUACUCUGAGCAGGCUUUAAGCGACGGUCCGGCCCUUCAAAGCGAGUCAGGGGGGGAUGAUGAAGCGCAAGAAGAAGAGGAGGAGUGCAGCAGUGACCCCGAGGGCCGACAUGAGACUGACAUCCCCGCGGAAUAAAUCAGCUGUGGACACCUGCACAUUUAAGACUUUAUAAACUCUAUUUUUCCAAAACUAAUUUCUGAGUUCAACAAGCAUUCCAGCAAAAGUGCUCCACGUCUGGACUACAGCGUGGUUUUCUGUGAUUGUCGUGGUAGUUUUGUCUCUUUGGACCAGCGGUUUAAACAUUUGAAUGCGGAAAGUUAGCGGCGACGCUGAAAAGACUAGCUAAGUCUAAAACUUCCCAGUAGAAAGUGUAGCGUUUACCAGAAGAGGAAAAAAAAGAAAAUAAGCUUUUUAAUGGUGUUUGUUUGGUCGGAAAAAGAUUUUGAUGUUUGUGAGCUGAAUGUCCUUAAAGCAGCACUGUGCAACUCGUUCUUCUUUUAGUGGACCAAAUGUUCUUUUUCUCGAUGACGACGGAUCGGCUCCCGGUCUGCAGUGAUGAAGAGCGUUUCGGCGGGAAUGUACGGCCGCGGAAGCCGAUCUCGGACUGGAUGCCCCCGACGGGCGUCGAUCCCACCGUGCCUUCUGUUUCAAGCACUUCUUGGUCUGUUUUGUACAACUUCCCGUCUGCCCUUUCUGCCAAAGCAGACCCCAGAGUUGGGGACUUGAGUCAUUGCCACUUGGACCAGAGGAGAAUGACGGAUGUUUUGAUGACUUGACUCGACCUAAGACUUGAAACUUGACUCGAUCGAAAUAUCGCGAUCUGACCGGGUUCGUCUUCUGUCUUUACGAAGACCCAACUUACAGUGGGGCAAAUAAGUAUUUAGUCAACCACUAAUUGUGCAAGUUCUCCCACUUGAAAAUAUUAGGCCUGUAAUUGUCAACAUGGGUAAACCUCAACCAUGAGAGAUAGAAUGUGGGGGAAAAAAAAAACAGAAAAUCACAUUGCUGGUAUUUUGGCCCACUCCUCCAUGCAGAUCUCUUCUAGAGCAGUGAUGUUUUGGGGGUGUCGUUGGGCAACUUUCAACUCCCUCCACAGAUUUUCUAUGGGGUUGAGAUCUGGAGACUGGCUAGGCCACUCCAGGACCUUAAAGUGCUUGUUUUCCCAAAUUUCCGGGUUCGCGGUGAGUCAGCAACCAACACACUUUUGCUCAAUAGACAGUGUUUAUUGAUUAGAAAAGGCAGAAUAAAUUAGAUUUACUGAUUACAAUCCCACAAAGGCAAGCAAAAAACAAGCAAAACACAAGUGGUAACGAUGACAUUAGAUCUAGUUUGUCAAUCCCAGAAUCCCCGCCUUACGUUACAGCACAACAAACUGUUCCUUAACAAUGAAAAUCGGUUACCGUUGACAAAUGAGCGGGGAGCCAACGCUCCGGCAAAGCGGCAAAGGAACAAAGCCAAGCGACCCGUACGUAAUUCUCUGGCAGACUUCGGGGGGGUUGGGGAAUCCCCGACUCUUAUAGGCACUUCUGACGCGGGGACGCGGGUGGCCACUCCUCGCCCCCACGAAAACGCACCACCCGAACUCGUGAGACCCCCCCCCCCCCAAGGGUAUGAGAUUCCCCCCCGUUGAGGCUCCCAGCGGUUAAAGUAGAACGUUUAUUUAAGUUAUCUUGUGAGAUUCCCUCCUAACUAUGGAACUCAAGCGCGUACUAUGGUGCAAAACAAGUUAUCUCGUGAGAUUCCCUCCUAACUAUGGAACCCAAGCGCGUAAAAAACAAUACUAUGGUGCAAGACAAGUUAUCUCGUGAGAUUCCCUUCUAACUAUGGAACCCAGGGUGAAAAACAAUAAGAGGCGUCGAAGUAGAAACAAGGAGAAGUUGUUACAAUCUAGGUCAUAGAGGCAAUCAUACAUCACAAAGGUAUAAUGUGCUAAUGUUAAGGCAUCACAUAAUAUUUUCCCCCAUCAGCUUCUUACGAAGCCUUUGUUGCCCUGGCUGUGUGUUUGGGCUCAUUUUCAUGCUGAAAGACCCAGCCACGUCUCAUCUUCAAUGCCCUUGCUGAUGGAAGGAGAUUUUCACUCAAAAUCUCUCGAUACAUGGCCCCAUUCAUUCUUUCCUUUACACGGAUCAGUCGUCCUGGUCCCUUUGCAGAAAAACAGCCCGAAAGCAUGAUGUUUCCACCCCCAUGUUUCACAGUGGGUAUGGUGUUCUUGGGAUGCAAUUCAGUAUUCUUUCUCCUCCAAACACUAGAACCUGUGUUUCUACCAAAAAGUUCUAUUUGGGUUUCAUCUGACUGUAACACAUUCUCCCAGUCCUCUUCUGGAUCAUCCAAAUGGUCUCCAGCGAACCGUAGACGGACCUGGACGUGUAUUGGCUUCAGCAGGGGGACACGUCUGGCAGUGCAGGAUUUGAGUCCCUGGCGGCGCAUUGCGUUACUGAUAGUAGCCUUUGUUACUGUGGUCCCAGCUCUCUGUAGGUCAUUCACUAGGUCCCCCCGUGUGGUUCUGGGAUUUUUGCUCACCGUUCUUGUUAUCAUUUUGACGCCACGAGGUGAGAUCUUUCAUGGAGACCCAGAUCGAGGGAGAUUAUCAGUGAUCUUGUAUGUCUUCCAUUUUCUAAUAAUUGGUCCCACAGUUGAUUUCUUUACACUAAGCGUUUUAAUAUUUGCAGAUUCAGUCUUCCCAGCCUGGUGCAGGUCUACAAUUUUGUCUCUGGUGUCCCUCGACAGCUCUUUGGUCUUGGCCGUAGUGGAGUUUGGAGUGUGACUGACUGAGGUUGAGGACAGGUGUCUUUUAUACCGAUAAUGAGUUAAAACAGGUUUCUUUUCAAGUAGGAGAACUUGCACAAUUGGUGGUUGACUAAAUACUUGUUUUCCCCACUGUACAUGUGUGACUUGAGUCCAUCUCUGGCAGACGUUAAAGCCAGCACCAAGGGUUUAAAACCCGCGGCCGGAUUUAAUCUGGCUAAAAUCUGUCCGACGAGACACUAAAACUAGACGGAGACCAAUCAGCUCCUGUUCCCCGUCGCUCUUACCGUCCGUUUCUGGUCUCGAGGCCUUUAUUGGACUUGCGUGUAUGUGUGUGUGUCCGGCAUGUUUGAAACAUGCUCCUGUGCUUGAAAAGACAAUUCUUGUUGAAUGUUGUACAGCUAGCUAUCUUAGAGGUGUCGCUGUUUUGUUUCUGUUAGUUUUGUUUUUUUUUAAAGAGAGAGAGAGCGCAAACCCGAGCGACCGUUCCUUACUUCAACCGGUCCGCCAAUCCAUUUGUUAGCUGGGCGUUGAAAGGAGCUAGUUUUGAAUGUGUGGUGAUGCGCCCGACACUGAAUUGGCAAAAGAAAACACUCCCGCAAUCAACGGUUUUUGGAAGACGGCGCCGGAAUUGCGCUCUUGUGUAGUCGACCGCCAUUGCAGCGGGGACAGAGUCAUCUAACAUACUCUAGUCGUGACUAAUAUGAUCAACAACAAAAAAACUAAUAAACAUUUAGAUGACA